AUGCCGUACAUCAAACAGGAGGCAGAGCCAGAGAUCCCCGACAUGAAAGAAGAAGACCAGGAAGCUGAAAUCUCGCAAUUUCCAUUGACUGUCAUUGUGAAGAGCGAAGAAUACGAAAGUCCAAGCGAAGAGAGCGAAGCAGCAAACCCUUCGAGUGACAGCUCAUUUCAGCACCUGACAACAAAAGGAGAGGAAGGAACACAACCGGACAGCCUCUUAGCUCCGCUUUCAGACAGCGACGACGUGACGUCACAUUCUUCUGACUUUAAUCCUGAUGAGGAGGAUGAUGACUUUGACCAAAAUGAUUCAAAAUCUUUAAACGGGUCAUCAUUGAAAAGAGGCACAAAGGAAUGCGCGACUACUUUAGAAAUACAUAAGCGUACACACACUGGAGAGAAGCCUUUCGCCUGCUCACUUUGUGGUAAAAGAUUUUAUCAGAACACUCUUUUAGAAAGGCAUAAGCGUACACACACUGGCGAGAAGCCUUUCGCCUGCACACUUUGUGGUAAGCGAUUCACCCAUAAGGGAAAUUUAAACAAACACAAACGCAGACACACUGGAGAUGAGCCUUUCGCCUGCACAAUUUGUGGUCAAAGAUUUUCUCAGAAGGGACAUUUCGAAUCGCACACAAGAAACCACGCUGGAGAGAAGCCUUUUGCCUGCACAAUUUGUGGUAAAAGUUUCGUCGAUAAGGGAGGUUUAAACAAACACACAAGCAGACACGCUGAAGAGACGCCUUUCGCCUGCACACUUUGCGAUAAAAGAUUUUAUCAUAAGAGUAAUUUAGAAACGCAUAUGCGUACACACACUGGAGAGAAGCCUUUUGCCUGCUCAUUUUGUGGUAAAAGAUACGCUCAAAAAGGAACUUUAGUAACGCACACACGCAGACACACUGGAGAGAAGCCUUUCGCCUGCACACUUUGCGAUAAAAAAUUUUCUCAGAAGACUCAUUUAAAAAUACAUAAGCGCACACACACUGGAGAAAAG